AUGAAAGCAAUACGAUUGGUUAUGGUGCUAGGAGUCGCUGCUGUAGCGUACAGCAUGCCGAGCAAUACACAAGGGAAGAACUUGAUCACAGGCGUCUUCAUUCCGUCUGAUGCCUUCCAAGACCUGCAGGACCGAGCCAACGCCAACUCCCCACAGAUACAAGGAAAUAACCUUGUACAAAGUCAACCUAGCUAUCAACCGAUUGCCUCGAAUCAACAGCAAUACCAGCCGGUCAAUACUAACCAACAAAGCUACCAACCAAUCAACUCCAACCAGCCGCAGUACCAACAAGUUAAUACAAACCAACCUACCUACCAGCCAGUCAACACGAAUCAACCACAGUACCAAACGUACCCGGUCCAGAACCAACCAACAGUUCUGACUAACCAGCCUGCCCAAGUCCAGCCAACAAGCAAUCAACCAUUGCUGGUCCAAGAACGUUUGGGCAGCGAAGCGCCGGUUUUGACCAACCAGCCUUUGAGUAACAGCCAACCAUUAAACAUGCAGCCUGUGAUAUCCAACCAACCUAAUGUGGUAUACACACAAGAUCCAAUGUCGGCAAACAGUGACUCGAACCAGCCGAUUAUGGUUAUGACUAAUCAACCAAGCGGACAAGGUAACCCAUCCAUUUUGUACGUUCAACAACCAUCCGCUUCCAACGCACCAAUUUACGUUCAGCAGCAACCGAACCAAGUACAACCUGCUCAAGUGAUCUUCACCAGCAACCCUUCAAAUGGUAAUCAGAUACAAGGAGCGGGAUCCGCAGUCUACACCCUGAUACCUCUGAAUCCACAGAACGCAGUCAACACUAAUCAAGGAGGUUCUUACUUGAUCCCCGUACAGUCGAAACCUUCCCAGAAUAAAACAUGGGAGCUCUCCCUGUAUGAGCUUCACCGAACACCGCAGGAGGUCAUCACGGACGCCACUGAAAUAGCGGUGUCCCCCCGCAGUUUACAUAGUGAAUUAAUGUGUCCAAUUUGCUUAGACAUGCUAAAAAAGACCAUGACUACAAAGGAAUGCCUCCACAGAUUCUGUAAUGAUUGUAUUAUAACUGCUCUUCGUUCUGGGAAUAAGGAAUGUCCUACAUGUCGAAAGAAGUUGGUGUCCAAACGGUCAUUGAGGCCUGACCCCAACUUUGAUUUGUUGAUCUCAAAGAUAUACCCCAGCAGAGACGAGUAUGAAGCUCACCAAGAGCGUUUGUUGACUAAGCUGAGUAUGUCACACUCACAGGCGUCGUUAGUGAACUCUAUUACAGAAGGAAUUAAAUUGCAAUCUCAAAAUAGGCCUCAAAGAUCUAGAAAGAAUCACGAGGACAAUAGUAAUACGUCCAACUCGAAUGGUAACACAGAGAAUGCACAAAAUGGUAGUUCAGGAACAGCUCCCGCUGCUCCUAAAGAUGGAUCCUCAUCAAUGAGCAACCCAGCCCCCUCAGGCCAGUCCACUUCCAACCCCGCUAGUGUGAGGAGCACACCAUCUCCAGUGCCAUCCAAUAUCAGCUCAGUGUCAAAAAACACAAGCACUACUAAAAGAGCCAAGUCUAUUUUAACUUCAGAACGGAGUGAGGAGAGUGAAUCUAGUGAUGGAAGAACUGAAGGAGAGAACUCAAUGGAUACAGAAGGUGAGGGUGAGCCACUGAACCCAAAUGAAAUAGAGCUGGUCUUCAAGCCGCAUCCGACAGAAAUGACUGGAGACAACCAACUUAUGAGAGCUCUCCGAGACAGCUCAGUGAGGUACUUGAAGACUACAGCCAAUGCCUCUGUGGACCACCUAAGCAAGUAUUUGGCGAUGCGUCUCACCCUCGACUUAGAUGCAGAGCUGCCAGAGGCAUACCGUUUGCUUAACUUCUGUAUUUAUGUUGCCCCGGCACCCGGUCAAUUCGUGCCACUUGCCGGCUCACAGACCCUGCGCCAGAUCAAUGAUAAAUUCUGGAAGGUAAACAAACCUCUGGAAAUGUACUACUCCUGGAAGAAAACUUAG